AGGCUAAGACCCGAUCAGAUCGCAUGCAUGUGCGUGCGGCGUGUGCAUCUUGGGCUGAAAAGACUGGCACCACUUCCUCAAUGACGACGCGACAUAUCGGAUAUCCCAGUCGCGUCCAUAUCAAGAUCCACUCCGACCUUGGCCUCUGCUUGCUUUAGACCAUUAACACACUUGACCAAUACUUCCAUACAGAAAUCAUAACUCAUCCCGCUCCUCAGCUCUCACAAUUUCUUUUUCCCAACAAGCAUUCAGGUAGCCUCACCCUCCAUCAACUCGCCCUCGCUUUUCUUCACGUUUCCACCACGUCCACCACGACCCGCCGCCGACCCGGAUUUGACCUGGAACCUUAUUCUUCGACCAACAUCGCCAACUUCUUGAACUCGAGAAACAACCCACGGAAUUCAUGUGCACUGCGUUUACUUCUUGGAACUAUUAGGUUUUCUUGGAACAAACAGUAACCCCUCAGCUCAACUCUUCUUAUCCACAACUCUCGGAGUCUAAAGUCUUUUUCAUCCAAGUAGAAUAGCAUCAGUAAUCGCGUCAAGUGGCAAAAGAUUUCCCUCACAGUCGUAUCUUGAAGACCCUUCCUCCCGCCCACCAAUCCGAUUCUAUGUCAAGUGAAAUCCACCGAGCCUCAGUAUUCUCUCACCUCCCUGGUCAGGCCUCUGCCAAGAGAAUUACCGCCGAGUCGAAAAAGCUUUCGACAGUCCCCAAAUCAGGCAAAGCGUGUGGCACAUUGGACAUGAACCAACUUUCCCCACCUGUUUCGAAGCAAGCUCCACCUUCCCCUCCCACAUCCACCCCGACCCACGCGCCGCCUGCCAGUCCCCGCAAGAGGAAAUCUGUCAUUUUUAAUGAUGCACCACUGCGUAGCGCCCGGAGUGUCCCCAACCAUCGUUCUCGAGCCCAGACAAUCGCCACUAUUCCUCGCACCACAACAAAAAUCCAACACCCUGGCCCCGUUCAGCCAACCCUAUUCUCGUCACGUAGUUAUGCCGAUCAACAGAAACGCGCCCGUCUUUCCCUUGCCGCCCCUCAGCUCGCUAACCCUACAUCCCCCAGCACCUCUCGAAACCGGGAAGCUGACCUAAGACGACUCCAAGCCCCCGGCUCACCGCUUGGGGCCAAGGCUGAAGCUAGGAAGAAACUGGCUCGGUUUUAUUACAACCCAUCUUUCCUUCAGGAGCUCCCCCGUCGCCCAAAGAGCCCUACACUCGCCACAUCCGCUGGAUCCAAGCAAGCAGCUCGCCGUCAUUCCCACCAGAUGCUCACAGUGAAGGAUGAAGCACGUUUGGACAGUUCUGAUGAAUCCUCUGAUUCUGAUGAUGAGGUCGCUUUGGCACUCAUAAAUGACACGUUUGAUAUCCGGAGGACAUCGUCUUGCUCGCGCCUUCAGAAUCUUCGAAACGAGCUGGACGAUGAGCCAGACGAGGAACCUUCUGAGUUACGCCCUAUCCUAAAGAAAACCCGCGCACAGAUCUUGUUGGCCGAAACAGUACAGCAAGCUACCGCCGAGAAUGGUCGCCCUCGACUUUCACUUGAUCCAACUCCUCUGUCAGCUUAUCGUCGAGUGAUUGCUGCCGUGACGUCCAAAGCCUCACAGAAGACCAAUUCCAGUUUGCCCGGGGACGCAUCCAGUAGCACGUUACCAGCAGAUGCAGCUGAAUCAUCUGAAUCAAACGGCUCAAUCCGGUCACUACAAAUCAGUUCCGAGGCUUCAAUCUCUAAUCUCCAGAGCAGUUCGACAGUUGAUAUUGAUUGGAAUGCAGAUAGCUUGGCUUCUCAUGGCACAAACUUGUCUUUGGAAAACGGCAACUUGGACUCAGUUGACAGCGACGCAAUCGAGGCAUGCUUGCUAUCGUCAGCCCGGAGCUGCUUGGUCACCCUUCAAGCUUCUCUUCUUCCUCCACCGGAUGAAAUGCGUCUAGAUCCCGUCUCCCCCUUGGCGAAAUUGACAAGCCCCCAGAAAUACAAAUUGAGUAAACUAGGUACACUUGAUGGUAGCCCACGGGAGCCUCGGGGCGUGCUACCACGUGCCCCUACCUGUAACCCUCGGCUGGACCUUCCAAAGAAUCAACCUCGUACUCGUGGGCGCUCGUUGUUCAGGGUUCGCCCAAAACCUGCUGAAUCUAGGAGCACACCAACUACUCCAUCCGUUACAUCCGGACUUCUUCGCACUCCUGAUUCUAGCCCUGUCCGACAGUCACAAUCACUUCCGCAAGUAACGAUUACCUUAAGAGAGGUAGAAGACGCCUAUAUCUCUUUGUAUGAUCAUCUCGACGCCCUCGUCAAGCAUUGGCAAGAAUCUAGUCAACCUUCGGACGAGGACCAGCAACUCCGGCUAGGAUCCCUCUUCGCAGAUGAUGUGGGGGCUGCCCUCAUGAAAUGCCUGGUACGGGAAGUUGAAAAUCUGUGCAGACAUGAUGAAAGCACUCCAGCAGAACCGCAGGCGACAUCUUCCAGCAAUUCAGCCGCUUCCCAUUUAAGGGACGAAAUUUCUCGAAUGAUGCUCCCCUCCAAUGCAAACCCUUUAUCCUUGAACGGUGCUCCUACACCUUCAACAGCAACCAUCAAUAAAUCUGGCGCCUCAACAAAUGAAAUCAGGAGGCGAGUUGCUGAAAUUGAGACUGGACAAGCCGCGCUGAGAUGCAUUGCAAUACUAUGGGGCUGGCCUAGUUGUAUGGUUCAUUUUGAGGAUUCCUAUACUCAACGUCUACUGUCGCUCCUGAUUCAAAUACCAAAAUCUUCGAUCCUCCGCCGCAAGAAGAACUUAAUUGCUGUUGGGCUCAUGAACCACACUUUCAAGCAUCAGAGACUAAAACGUGCCACACUAGAACCUCAUGUGAGCAGUGUGGUUGAUGCCAUUGCAAGCACAUUGUAUCUGUCUGCUGGAAAAAGUGGAGACAAAGGUCAAAAGGUUUUGUGCUUGGGAUUGUCUGCUUUGCAACAACUUACAACUCAAGUUCCACAACAUAUCGCGCCGAAGGUUGGGAAGUUUUUGGAGCCUUUCUUGGCGUCUUUAAUGGCGCCCGAUUCUCCAAUCUUGAGGCAUCAAGCGAUCGGAGGUUUGGGUGCAUUGAUUAACUGUACUAAACUCGAUUGGGAUCUUCCGGCGAAAACUUCUGCUCGGGUUCAAAUCCACGAAAUGCGUGCUUCAGCUGACGCUUUGCUUAAACUUCAGCAAGGGAGGAAAGAAGCUUUCAAAGAGAAACUUUCCACCUUCGCCCUCGCCUUUUACAACGACAAAAACACAUUCUUGCGUUGGCACUUGCUGGUCAAACAAAUCAAGCGUUCUCUCAAAGAAGGCGAUGUCGGUUGGGUGAUUAGUGUGAUGGCAACUAUGAUUGCGUUACUCGGCAAACGGAUCAGAAAAUUGGACCCGCCUAUGACUCGAGUCUUUAUGCCGGUCAUUAACCAUUUACUAGGAGACAGUCGAACGAACCAUCUAACAUCUCAGCUUUGGGAUUAUUACAUCUAUGUCAUGUUGCAUUGGAGCAUUGAUCACCGGACCCACAACUCCGAGCAAGUUUGGGCUCUUGACCCGAUGCAACGGCCCUUUUUCUUGCAACUACUCCGGAGCACCUACUGUGUUCCAAUCAAAACUUCGUCAAGUCCGGAAGCAACUUCAUCCAAAGCUCCACCUAGCACUACCGACAUUCCUAAUCAAUAUAAAGGCUUGCUUCAGCCAAGCAAAGAUCUAACUGGAACUGAACCACAAAUCAACCCAGUCGCUUCAGAUACCAAUCCGUCAAGUACAGUCGUAACCGAAAAACCACAAUGUCGGCCUCUAGAUGGCCCUCAUUCAUCGUCGCAUCAUAUCUUACUUUCCGCCUAUCUCUAUGGGGUGAUCGGCUUCAUCAAGGAAUUCCUAGCCCACCCGCCCAUGUGUUUCAGCCCACCAUCUGAGUUAUUAGCCACGACGAAUACCUGUUCCCGGUUCCAAAAUCUGGAUACGGUCUGGGACGAGAUGAUAGGACCUAUUCUGCCUAAUAUUCUCGCCGGGCCACAUGAUGAGCACAGGUAUCAUGUCUAUGAAAUCCUAAUUGCUCUAUGUAAGCAUGACUCACCAGACUCGCCAACUGAAAACGAAUGGACUCUCGAACGAUUGAUACAUCCCGCCUACCACCAACUGCCCACCAAGCCCGAAUCGUCCCUUGAAACCUACUUGGAACAGUUCUCAAAUGCGGCGGUCUCUACAGCCGUGACUCCAGUUGAAAUUCCAGCUCUCGAUCCGCUCUGGAUUUGCUCCCGUUAUGAGAAGGUCUUACCGAUAAUCGUCUCUUCUAUUAGCUCAAUCCAGUACAUUCAGAGCAUGGAAAAGGAACAAUGGGUAACACACCCCUCAACUGGAUCUCCACGACCAGAAGAUUCCAAACGGGUCGGGCCUAGGCGUAUGUUCAGGCUUUGGCAGGAACUUGUGAAGUCCAUGGGGUCAGUCUAUCAAAGUUGUGAUUGGAUAUUUGACACACCACUUUCGGCAUCUCUCGGCGCUCUUGGAGAUACCUUGGAAAAAACAAUCCAAGUCCCAGCUCCCCUCGUAUUACGCGCAGAGAGUGAACCGCAUCAUUCACCCAACAUCUCGAUCUUUUUGUUCCGAAAUCUGUAUUCCAUCCUCAAGCGUGGCAUCGGCAUCGAGCUCAUGAACCGCAAGCUAAUCGUGAUCAGUGAUAGUAGUGCAUUCCCUGACAAAACCCGAAAGAUCAGUCUCUACUUUAAGAUCUUAUCGUUUGUCCUCGCCUCCUCAGUUGCCGGGGAAAUCGCGAACACGGUAGGCCCUGAGGAUUGGGCUGAAUAUGACGCCUUAGCUCAAGUGGUCAUCGAUGAUUACAUUUCUGCACAGAAGGUGAUGGGCUGUAACGAAAAGCUCUACGACCUGAUCAGCGACCUGUCGGAUGUUCUACAAGCUUGCACGCACGACCGACUCAAGUUGUUAUUCGGCAAGACUUCAAUGAAGAUCGUCAUUGAGUUGAUGAAGAUCGUCGAGCCUGGGGUCUUGUUGGAUGAGCCAUCUUUGAAGCCAGCUUCUGCGAUGAUGAUUGAUGCUUGCUUCAACAGCAUCCAAGCUGGAGGCGUCAUCGAUCAAGCUUCCCACAAACAGUUCAUCGAAGUCUUGAAUGAAUUCUUCUCACGACUCACUCAGGAAAGUCUCAAAAUUCUGCUCGAUAGCUGUCAAACCAAUUUUUCCGCGUAUCUGAACAAUGAACAAAAUGACGAUAGGCAGCUGGUCUACAACACAUUGCUCUCCAAGCUUCGAAAAGUUGACCUCAGACUUUUGAUGGCUCCACUUGAACUGUCUGCUUUGAUCCUUUCCCCGUUCCGAAACCAGCCAAGCUCAUCAACGUUCUCCUCCAAAGGAUUCAUUGAUUUCGUCAAAACGUCGGCGCACGCUUACAUCGGAGAACAGCAGGAUAUUGUCCAAGCUGUAAAAGAUCUCACCUCCGUUUCUCCACCCCCCGUUACUCCUCUGAAAGCUGCUGCCGAUUCUUUCUCGAGCGCAUCGUUGAUGGGUCCCUCUAACGGUACUGAAGCGCCCUCCUCAACGCCAGAGGCAACAGCUGGAUUGGAUGAUUCAAACAGUGUCCAUGAACACAUCCCAGAUCAUUCGAGCGUACCAGCUGAGCCUUGCAACUCCCUCACCGAAAGCCAGGUCUCUUCAUCAUCCCGCAAAAAGUCAAAGAAAGGAACUAUUAGAGGGUCUCGUAGAUCGCAGAGGCUCAAGAUCAGCAUCGAUCCUGAGUCUUUGGACAAGUCGGACGUGCAAGUUGAAGUAGAAACUCCCGUCUCAGAGCCACUCGAUUCCUCACUGGAUCACCAAGUGCAGUCGCCUGUGCAAGAAGACUCAGCGUCCCAGGGACAGGCAGCAGAAAGCGCCGAGACCUCUGAGAAUGCUGUCAUCCAGCAGUCCCAGGGUACAGAGUCAACACUACCAGACAAGCCUGCAGACUCGGCUUGUCUGCCAAAGACAUCGAACACUAGGGCCGUGGAUGGGCCAGAAACAGAUCACCAAGAAACAGAUCACUCGGAAACAGAUCACCAAGAAACAGAUCAUUCAGAAACAGAUCACCUAGAAACACCCAAAUCGAUUGAAGCCUUACAAAUUCAGCCAAGCCAAUCAAGCAUCAGCUCUCUCUCCCCAGCUAAAUCCUUACCAGUACCUUCAGAGGUUCGACUACGUCAUGACUGCCUCCUGCCACAAGUUGACCCGCGCCUUUUGGCUGAGUCCCCACACAAAGCUCCUUGCUUCACACGUGCCCCACCAUCCAAAAGGCCUGUUGCAGGUCCAGAUGAGACAACAAAGGCGCCAGCGGACAGCUCACUGCAAUCAAACGGUCUUGAUGUUCGAGACCCGACGUUGUUCGGUCCUCUGGCCAGUCAAAGAUCAUCUGGCGCUGUUCACGAUUUCGCAAGUCUAAGGCCGGUUCACAAAAGCGUCAAGGAAACCGACUCCUUUCCUUCCCCCUCGUCAGAGCUCGGAGAUGUGCCUGUUUGGAUGCACGUAAGUGUGGCAAAAAAUGAUCAGCAGUUAAAGGAUCUCCUCGACCCAACCCUCCCAGACUCGAAGGAACCAGUCAACCGAUUUGUCGAACAGGCAAAACUUAGCUUUCAUCUAGAGCGCUCGUUAUCUGAUCAGUCUGCAUUGGUCCCAAGCCUGCCACUUCAACCCAAUUCCAAAAACCUUAAAUCGAUAUCCCAGGUCAAUCAGGGUUUGAGAUCAAGUUUCACCCCAAGUUCAUGCCCAGCUUCUUUCACGCAACCUUACACUCCUAAAGCAUUCUUUGCCCCGAGUGAAGCUCCUGACCAUCGAAUUUCCCCCAUCACAACGAGCCUUGGCGCAUUAGACACGCUCGCUCCAUUUGCUAAGCGACAAGCCGGGAAAUGUCUCUCCUUUGGCCCUCAGCAAUCAGCUACGCUUGAACCUGCCCAAAGCGCAAGAGAAAUGUUGCAAAACAUGACCACGCGUAAGCCACCGGGGAGCUCCAAGGCAGUCGUCCAGGCUGGUUCAAGUGCGGACCCAUCAUCUCAAAACAGUGAGAAUUCACCCGACACUACCGACAUUUCCACCAAAUCUGCAACACUAUCCAAACGCAAACGAGAUGAAGCCUACUCCACUCUAGCAAAUAAACUUGACCAUCCCCCGCAAGCUACCAGUACCUUUGCCGUGGCCAAUCUGGACUCGCAAAACCCAUCCGGACAGCCAUGCGCUCGGGCCAAUAGCACUGUCCCCGACGGCUUGCCGUCACAAGCGUCGCCUUCGGCCAGGAAAUCGCUGUCUCAAUCGUCUUUGACUAGGAAGUCACCAGUCCGACACUUGCUUCCAUCGCUAUCUGAAUCGGGAUCAAAUGGCGCUAGUGACUGUCACUCUCCACCCCCUCGCAAAAAAACUAAAUGCAGCGCAAACUCAACGAUAGUGCCGAUUGAGAUUACUGACGAUGUCUCAAAGGAGACCGAUUCAAGCUUGUCCCCUCCUGCUGAAAACCCGCAACCCAAUGAGGAUCACUCUGAGAAGACCAGUCCAGUCGGACUUGAUUCAGCCCCCUCCGACUCGCCUCGACUCUCAAGAAAGACAAGAACAAUGAGGCGUGGUUGUGAGAUCCAGGAGUUGUUGCAAGACGCUAGACAGUCCGAGAUCUUGGAAUCAGCAUCUUCUAGUCAACUCGGAUGGCUUACUAAAACCGCCUCCGAUAUACUCGUCUCUCGGGCUAGGGUUACCCGCUCUUCUUCUCGUCGACUAAGCUCUGAUGAAAGAUUGCCCAAUUGAUA